AUGAACGCAAAGCCACGCUCGCAGAUAGGUAGGAUCGGCCAUGCGCCGGCACGAACCCGGACCGCUGCAUCUGUCACUCCAGCUGAGAACGAUCAACAAGCAGCAAGACAGGGCACGAGUAGUAUCGUGCGUCCUUCACCGAGUAAAUUACCGUCGUUCCAAGGUGACACGGAGACUCGUCGUAGCUUACUUCCCCAACCUGGUCAACAUAGAUACAACACUCGGUCAAGUAUACUCCCAGAAGUGUCUGAUCAAGAUGCUGGCUCUGAAGAUACAGGAGACAACUUACAUGAGGCGCAAGAUCAACCCGAAGCUGCAUCAACAACACAAGAAAUCCAGGCCCCUAUUGCAGUACCGGGACGUCUUCGACCCCGAUCAAUGUAUCAAACUGGCACUCCAUCAUCUCAGCGCACCGAAAAUACGGAAAAAACGAGUGCUGCUCGUUCUAUGCGACCCCCAACUUCAAUAAGCAAGCUUGCGGGGCCACAGGCAGGACUGAGCCGAUCGCAAUCUUUGCGAAAACCAGCUGCUACAUCACAACCAGCUCAUCCAUCAGGUCUUUCCGGUCAUUCUCGGACGCAAUCGACGAGUACCAUAUCAGCUCCACGACAGAAUGCUGCUAGGUCAAACACAGUUUCCGAACGACCAAAGUCGCUACAGAUAGCACCAAGUCGUACCACCAAGACCAACAGCACAACCUCAGAUGCGCUCCCUGGUGCCACCAGGAUAUCGAUACGUAGCACCGGUAUUAGUCGCACUGCCAGUACUCGGACCAAACCAGCAACAUCAAGUAGUCUACCAAGUAGCGGUCCUACGCCCAGGGCGGAAGAGCCUCUUGCAACACAGUCGAGACGUAAAGAAGCUGGGCCAGAAGAGCCGAAGAAGACUAAUCGACCAGCUUUCAGCACGCUUCAACAGCACUUUACACCGCGAAAGGUAGGGAAGGCCCCAACUGCCACUUUUAUCAACCCUGCGCCCCAAGCGCCAUCGUACUCGCUUUCACCAGAGACAGUCAGUCUUCAAUCAGAGCUACUUCAACUUCACCUCCUGCACGAAUCGUCGGUGCAGGUGUGCAGACGCUGGGAGAUCAGCGCGAAGCGUAGCUUGCACACAAAGUUUGAAGAGGUGGCUAGCUUAUAUGGAGUCAUGUUAGAGAAUGAACGUGCAGCACAGGAGCAGAAGAAUCUUCAGUCUUUGUUAGAGUGGAGUGCUGGCGGCUCAUCUCUAGGAAUUGUUGAGCACAUACAGAUUCUCUCGGAGCCUCUUCACGAACUGCCGUCAUUGGUCGAAUCCGGUGGUCGACUGCAACGUCUAGUGGGUGAAUUCGAACACUGGCUUCUUUGGGUCCAGGAUGUUCGGUCCGCUCGACAAGACCAUGGUAGAGCCAAGACGGCGUUUGGUACAAUUGAAGGUCUUGGGGAUGCGUGGAAAGCCGAAAACGCCACGCUAUCUCGAAAAUUGACUGCCCUCGCCCCUGACCUGAACAGACUAGCUUCACCAACACCCGGAUCAAGCAUAGCAUGCAUAAUCGAAGCAUGCACAUCAAUCCUACACGGGGUCUUGGAUGAGUUGCAAAUAAUGCAAAAAAUUGAGACUGAAGUGGUGUCAAGGGAGAAAGACUGGGUCGAGAAUCGGCUUCGAGUGAUUGCGCAGGAUGUCGCGACACAGUGGGUGGAUGCUGAUGGACAGAAUGCUGCUUGGCGGAUGUGA